AUUGAUGUGCUUUCCUUCCUUCCUUCCGGCAUUUUGGAGCGUUUGCGAGGUGAACCUUGUGCGGUUGCCUGCCGCUUUUCGUCCUCACAUCAUCUGUGUAAUUGAUUGAUCACUUUCGGGCUUCUGGCUGUGUCUGUUUAAGCACUCGGUCUCUAUCGCCGCUACUCCACGCCUUGCCCAUCGAACUUCCCACAAUACCCUGUCUUGGCACACCGCUGCGCCUUCGUUCUUUGUCUGCAAGGCACGCGGUUUGCUGGUACAACGCCUAAGGACGGUCCAAGGCCCGAGAUGGGCUAGAGCGUAGCAUGACGUGAUGGUCGAACGGCCGAGGGAGGCACUGAAGCCGUCUUGAAAGGAUGUCAAACGACUUCCGGUCAGUGACUGGAGGUCCGCAGACCGCGGAGCCGAUCACAUCUAGCAAGGAUGCUGCCACCGGCAACAAUGGGAACAGUACUACGAGCAAACCAGCGCAAGACGCCUCGUCCGCUCCGAAGAGAAGCUCGAGUCAGCACAGACAGCCGCCCGUACAGAUACCACCACUUCGAAAGCAGCGCUCGUCCAACCUACUUCUGCCCAGUAACUCUUCGUCACCGCAGACGUCACGAAACACCUCGCCAAUACGCAAGGACAGCCGCCCUGCACCGCUCAGCACGCCAAUUUCUACACAGCCGUCCGCUGCAGCGAUACAGAGGGCAUUGUCCGCCGCAAACGUACCACAGCUCCCGGCAUCAACAGGCCCCAUAACGGAAGCUGUGUCGAGGCUACCUAGAUCGAGUAAAAGCGCAGGAGGCGGCUCGGGCGAUACGACACCGCAAAUGCCGUUAUCGCCUCGCCUGAAGUCGCCGCCCCCAUCAGCAACCGGCUCGAGAAGAGGCUCUGCACCAGCAGCGCAGAAAAAGGUCGAGCCCGCCAGCAUGCCAAGCAUCAGUGUGCAGAGUCCUGCUCAGCAAGCUACGAUACCACCCACAAAACCCAGCAGUGAGGAUGUCCGAAAGGCUGAGCAGCAACUGCAAGCGCCGCCGAAGGCGCCAUCUCGUGGACCAAGCGGAAAGUCCACAUUGGAAACGGUGCAGGAGAACAGCACAGACUCCGUUGUUGAAUCACCAGCGGCAGUGCAAGCGGCUGCGGAUCUGAAGCCGCUCACGACGAUCACAGAAGGCGACAAGUUGGCAUUAAAGCAGGAUGAAGGCGACAAGCACACGCAGCCUGGCGAAAGCGGCAGUGAAAGUGCAGGUAGUAAACUGGAUCGUGGACGAGGACGGAGACAGUCACUUACCCAGAGUAACAAAUCAGCGCAGAGGCAGCCCAUUGCCGCCAAAACUAACUACGCACCUCUGUCGUCAGCAAAGUCGCGUCAGCCCGAAGGCAAGCCGAACAUGACUGUAGAGACCGAGACGGUUCCUUCAAUACCGCAGUCUGCGCUCAACGCUGGCGAUCGCUCGGGCAGUGGGCGGAACGAUCAUGGCAGUGUCAGGCUCAAACCGAGUAACGAAACCAUCCGGCCGAAGAAGGAGCGAAAGAAGGCAUCGCAAAAGUCAAGGAGUCUGAACCAGGGUACCGCUUCUUCGAAAGCCGACAUCUUCGAGGCUCGCGUGGCGAGUCAAGUGGACGAGGCGAACACGUCAGAUUCCGACGAGACGUUCGUAUACGAGUCCAACCCACCUGAACCACAACGUCGACCACGGCUCCACUCUCGCACACCAAGCGUGACGUCUUCGCACAGCACGGCGGACCAACAGCGCAGCGCGGUCAGGAGUUUCGGCGAGGCGAUGGAUGACCGAAAAGUAGCCGGCAAGCGCAGCAUGAAGUUCUCCAACAACCCAUAUCACGAUGUUGACAGUCCCGAGAGCAAGGAUGGCACGAUUCGCUCGACGCCGCGGCAUUUCGGAAAGUUCGGCAGAGGUGCUAGUCACGCCUCGUCGAUGUUUGACGCAGACUCGCCGUUCACGCAAGCGUCGAAACUGCGGACCGGACAUUUAAAUACGCGCCACUCGAGACCGAACUCGCCGAGAAGUCCGCAGAGUCUGCUGCAACAUGGACGUGGAGAGCGCCCGGCAACGCUUUUCAGCGGGAGAAAAGCGGAGCAGUCAUUUGACUUUGACGGCGAGGGCGCAGACGACGAGCGCACACCGCUUGUAGGUUCGGUGCGCACGGCGAGGAGCGCACGCCACGGCCACAGACGGAUCAACAGUGGCAGUGUGCGCUCGCUCAACGACAAUGAUUACUACGUUCCUGUGCAGCAACCACGGUCUUGCUGCAGUCGGUUCGGAAGCUGCCUCAUUGGCUUCUGCGUCCUGGUCGCGGUUGUUCUCACUGCAGUUGCAUUCCUUGUUGUGUCUAACCGACCGCUCGAGGAUGUGCGGAUACGCAAGAUUCAGAACGUUCUGGCUAGUGAGCAGGAGAUUAUGUUGGAUCUGCUGGUUGGAGCUGUCAACCCGAACGCUUUGGGCAUCACUGUCGCAGAUAUGGACAUCAAUGUCUUUGCGAAGAGCAAGCACGUUGGGACCGUAAUCACCACGUCACGAUCCAAGCCGGCCGUCCGGCGGUGGGAGGACCUGAGCGACCACUGGCAUUCUCCCUCCAACUCCGGCGGCGUCGACCAAGGCACAGACCCUCCGGACGACCUCGAACGAGACGCACAAACUAUGCUUCUCGGCCGCAUUCUGCACUUCGACCAAGCGCUCAGUUUCGAAGGCUCGCCCGUCAAGCACCACGAACAUUUCUCCGUCGGUGAGCUGCGGCUCGCCAAGCCCGGCAAUAAAACUGAAGCGGGUGGUAGCGAGCGGUGGGAGAACGUGCUUAAGCACCCUUUCGAGUUGAUCGUCAGGGGGGUGCUGAAGUACAAUCUGCCCAUUAGCAUGCGCUUGCAGAGUGUGAGUGUGAGUGGAAGCGUGCUGGUGCAUCCGGAGGAUGGGGUGGAUGAGUUGGGGAAGAUGCGGACGGAGCCGGUGGAGCACAAGGAUCAUUGGCAGUGGGUUAAUUGGAAGGAACUGAGGGAUGGAGAUGAGUGGGCCUUGGGUGAGGAAAGGGUGAAGGAGGUGGAGGAUGGUUGAUCGCAAUCGCACCCUUCAUGGGGCUAACGUUUCUUAUGUGUUACAUGUUGCGAAGCGUUCAAGCGAAAGGGUCGUAUGACCGCCAACGAGAAUGUUAGGCUGAAUAGGAAGAGUGUCCUUUCAUAUGAUAAACACUGAGGAGUCACUCCUAGCCAC